AUGUUCAUUUCUCUACCAUAUGCCGCCUCCAACUUCAUCUCACAACCACAGACCACGUGUAAUCACACCAUCCCAGGAUCUCCACAUCCGGCUUCUUCACCUGAGGGAUUGUCUGAGACCAGCCACCCGGACAACUGAUGAAACUGAGGAGUAUUUCUGUCUGUAAUAAAGCCUUUUUUGGGGGGAAAAACUCAUUCUGAUUGGCUGGGCCUGGCUCCCCAGUGGGUGGGCCUAUGCCCUCCCAGGCCUACCCACGGCUGCACCCCUGCCCGUUCAUGUGAAAUCCAUAGAUUAGGACCUAAUUAAUUUAUUUCAAUUGACUGAUUUCCUUAUAUGAACCUUAACUCAGUAAAAUUUUUUAAAUUGUUGCAUGAUGCAUAUAUUUGUUCAGUAUAUAGUUCAAACAAGUACUCAGCUUGCUAAUAGAACAUAUUUGGUUUGAAUAAAUGAAACAUUGCUGAAUUUUAAUGGUCUUAGGUGCCAUAAAGACAUUACAAAAAACGCAAUGGUAAAUAUUUAUAAUAAAGCAUCCUUUCAGUUUUAAAAAUGUUUAUUAGGAGGAAGGAUUUCAAAUAAUGGACGCAUUGCGAUUUGCUGAAAUAUUGAGUAAUACAUUUUAACGCACACACACACAUAUACACACACACACAUAUACACACACUCAAACAUGUCGAUAAUUUCAGGUAGUUGACCAAAUGAGUUCUACAAUAAACAAUACUUUUUUUUCUAUUAUGACCUUAAGACAAAAGGUCAGAUAACAUUGCUACUUCCCGUUCUCUCCUCUGUCCCCCAUCACCACCAAUCCUAUCCAUUCCUUUCCACCUGAAGGAAGACAAACAGAGCAGGAGAAAAGCACCUGCGAGUCCUCAAGCAACUAGCCUUCUGCAUUAAAUGACACAUUUUAUUGGCCAAACAGAGAUGCUAGUGACUAAGUCAAACAAAAAGACCAAACCUUUGGAACUUCCACUGAGCCUGCCCUGAGGACACUGAACCUUAUGCAACACACACCCCUCUCUCUCAUUCAUCUCAUAAACCUUUGUUAUGUGUUGCAACUGGGAACAUAAAGAAGGAGAAGAAAAUGGCAGAGGAUAAUCUAUUUCUUAUUCUUUAACCUUGAGGAAAUAUUCUUGAUGCACUUUUCUUUUCCACUGGGAGGUUAACCCACUAUUUACUAGCCUACCUACUAAUCUACUGCCGUGCUGUGCUGAGAUGUCAUUUUCCUUAGGCCUAUGCAGGUGGUAUUGAGGUUGCCCCUUCGCACAGCUCUAGGAUCAGCUUAUACCAAGGUUCCCCAACUAGUGGCCAGCUGGACAAAUUUGGCCCACAGGUGGUUUUAUUUGGCCCCCAUGUUUUCUGAGCAAAAAAUAAAUAUUCAUUGUCGGACAUAUUUGUUUAUACAAACACCAGAAAAUCAUCUCCAAGUUAUUUUAAUUUGGGAAAUCUGUUACUAAGUAUUUCCACGCACAAUUGAGAGACGUGGUCUUAUACAAACGUCAGCAAGGUUUGAAAUGAUGUUUGGGCUUGGUUAAUUUGCAGUCUACAAAUUAGUUGUAAUUAUUUUCCAGCCCCCGACCAUCCGCUCAAUUUGAAGCCUUUGUGUAAAAACACAAAACUGACCUUAGAUCAGUGUCUGAGGGCGAGAUCCUACUAGAGCCAGUCAGCCUGAGGAGACAGGUUUUUUUCUCUUCCCACCUGUUAUGUGAGGGCGGGAUGUGGUACUUCCUCUUUAGUUCACUUUAACGUCGUGCGGACAGAAGGAAUCCACAAACAAACGCGCCGUCGGCAUUCAACACUCUUCAGACAUCGCAUAUAGGUUGAUGCUGGAUCCUUUUGUGGAAGUUAACAUGAGUUUUAAGCCACAUUGUUUGAAACGGAUAUUUUUAUUGGCCUGUGCCGGGCACUGUAUGUCUCAGGAAACUGAGCAGAUCGAUGCUGAUGUUAUCAACCGAGGCUUCACGGGGACCGAGUCACCGGAAGGAGUGUGGGUCUCCCAGACGGCCCACAUGGUCCUGGACAGUCGUCUGACCACGGUGUUCCUCCCCAUCGUCUACAUCGUGGUGUUUGCUGUGGGGCUCCCCACCAACGCCAUGGCCAUCUGGGUCUUCCUGUUCAGGACCAAGAAGAAGCACCCUGCCGCCAUCUACAUGGCCAACCUGGCUCUGUCCGACCUGCUCUUUGUCAUCUGGACUCCCCUGAAGAUCGCCUACCACUUCAACGGUAACGACUGGAUCUAUGGAGAGGGGUUGUGUAAAGUCCUGGUGGGCUUCUUCUAUGGGAACAUGUACUGCUCCAUCCUCUUCAUCACCUGUCUGAGUGUCCAGCGCUACUGGGCCAUCGUCAAACCACUCUCCCAGAAUAGGAGAAAUAACGAGGUAGCCAUCGGCGUCUCUGUCGCAGUCUGGGUGGGGGUCUGGCUGAUGACCACCCCUCUCUACCUCUAUGACCAGACGGUCACAGUGACCAACCUCAACAUCAUCACAUGCCACGACGUCACCCGACCCAGCCAGAAUAGCAUGGCCGCAGGCUACUUCCUGACCAUGGGAAUCCUGGGAUUUGUAGUUCCCACCGUGGUGUGCGUGGUGGCCUACAUUCUGAUGCUCAAGUCCCUGAGGAACUCCAUGACAGAUGCCAGCAUCACUAAGACUCGGCGCAAGGCGGUGGUGCUAAUCAUCACCGUGUUGGUCAUGUUCCUGGUCUGUUUCACCCCCAGUAACAUCAUGCUGCUGGUGCACUACUCCCUCCUGCUGGCCGGAGGCGUGAACAACGGCUACGGCUUCUACAUCUCUACCCUGUGUCUGGCCGCCCUCAACAGCUGCCUGGAUCCGUUCAUCUACUACUUCAUCUCAGAGGAGUUCAGGCAGCAUGUGAAAAACACACUGAGAUGCCGCAGCGAGAGGACGGUGGAGAGAAUGAGGGUCUCGUUCAACGCUCUGAAGUACUCCAAAAAGAGUAGCACCUACACUUCAGACUCUGGGAAAACACAGAGCAGCUCCUGUUAAGGAGGGGGUUGUCAUGUGGAGAUAGUUGGCUGUACUGAUGUUUUUCAAAGAACUGGAUGGGUGAAAGGGAAUACCGGGUUGGUGUCGAUUUACCAUGUUCCUUUCACCUGACAUCUGUUGUCAUCAGUAUCAAUGGAGACGAAGCCAUUUUAAAUGGAGAUGCAACCCCAGACUACUUCAUAUAUUAUGUGCUUAUUACAUUGCCUUCUCUCUCCUCAUAUUUUUUUUUUUUUGGUUUUGUGCAGAUUUUGUUGGUUUUAUGUAGAGGACAAAAUUGCUAAGUGUGAAGUGGCAUUGUUUUUAUUCUGUGUUUCUGAUCCAUUCCCCACAUUUAAAUAGUCUGAUGUCCAUUAAGUUUGUUCCAGCACAGCAGCUCUUUAAAACUGUAAACUUGGUUCUCAGUGCCAUAUAGCACUGACCCUUCACUUCUGGUAAUGUGCACUGUUCUUUAUUAAAUGAGCCAUACUUGACCUAAAUCAUGAAUCGAUGAUCUUUGUAGCACCUAUGCGUCCUUGUAAAUGCACAUCGGAUUGACUCAGGUGACAUGUAUAAAUUGUUUUAUUUAUUGUUCUUUAAAAAAUAUAUGUAGUGUAUACAUUUUCUUUUUCUGCAUAUUGCGAUGAAAUAUGUCAUGUCUUUAUUUUUUAUUAAAAAAUUAAAUUCUA